AUGUUGGACUCAAUUGAGAGCGAUUCAUUUCCUCCCUUCUCCCCUCUCGCAUACACAUCCCUCACAAUGGCCGCCAUCGCCCACAACUCUCACCCCGGCCUCGUCAUGCACGAGAUUGCCAAGCGCGCAAAGAGCUGGCCUGCCAAGAACGCCGGUGUCAUGGUCGUCUUCUGCAUUGUAUUUGUUGUCGCUGUCGCUCUUCUCGGCCUCUUCAUUAGCAAGUGGCUGAAGCGCCGCAAGGAGUCCAAGCCCGAGCUGUAA